AAGGACUGUCAGGCAACCAGACAAGAUCCCUCAUAAGACCACCAACAGCUGUUCUGGACAGAGGGGAGAAGUAAAGGGUCAACAUGAGUGGGGACGGAGAGAUGGAGUGUUUUGGCCCGGCGGCCGUCUACCUCCGGAAGCCAGAAAGGGAACGGAUUGAAGCUCAGAAUGCUCCCUUUGAUGCUAAAACAGCAUAUUUUGUGACGGAGGCUAACGAGAUGUACCUCAAAGGGAAACUUAUCAAGAAAGACGGCGGCAAAGCCACCGUGGAAACCCUCUGUGGAAAGAGUGUCACUGUGAAAGAAGAUGAAAUCUUCCCCAUGAACCCUCCAAAGUUUGAUAAGAUUGAGGACAUGGCCAUGAUGACCCACCUCAAUGAGCCCGCUGUGCUGUAUAACCUCAAAGAGCGUUAUGCAGCAUGGAUGAUCUACACCUACUCAGGGUUGUUCUGCGUUACUGUGAACCCCUACAAGUGGCUGCCAGUGUACGAUGCUGUGGUGGUGGCAGGAUACAGGGGAAAGAAGAGAAUUGAGGCUCCUGACCUCUCAAGCAACAUGGAGGCCAUUGCAAAAGCAAAGGGAAACUUAGAGAAGAUGUGCAGGACAUUGGAGGAUCAGCUGAGUGAGCUCAAAGCCAAGAAUGAUGAGAAUGUUCGUCAGCUGAAUGAUAUCAGUGCACAAAAGGCCCGACUUCAAACUGAAAAUGGUGAAACUUCUCGGCAGCUGGAGGAGAAAGAAGCGCUUGUGUCUCAGCUCACCAGAGGCAAGCAGGCUUACACUCAGCAGAUUGAAGAGCUGAAGAGGCACAUUGAGGAGGAAGUGAAGGCCAAGAACGCCCUGGCUCAUGCUGUCCAGUCGGCUCGUCACGACUGUGAUCUGCUCAGAGAGCAGUAUGAGGAGGAGCAGGAGGCCAAAGCGGAGCUGCAGCGUUCAAUGUCCAAGGCUAACAGCGAGGUGGCUCAGUGGAGAACCAAAUAUGAGACUGACGCCAUUCAGCGCACUGAGGAGCUGGAGGAGGCUAAGAAAAAGCUGGCCCAGCGUCUUCAGGAUGCCGAGGAAUCCAUCGAGGCUGUGAAUGCCAAAUGUGCCUCUCUGGAAAAGACUAAACAGAGGCUGCAGAGUGAAGUGGAGGACCUGAUGAUCGAUGUGGAGAGAGCUAAUGCUCUGGCUGCAACCCUGGACAAGAAGCAGAGGAACUUUGACAAGGUUCUUGCCGAGUGGAAGCAGAAGUAUGAGGAGAGCCAAGCGGAGCUGGAAGGAGCUCAGAAGGAGGCUCGUUCACUGAGCACUGAGCUUUUCAAAAUGAAGAACUCUUAUGAAGAAGCUCUGGACCACCUGGAGACCUUAAAGAGGGAGAACAAGAACCUGCAACAGGAGAUCUCAGACUUGACUGAACAGCUUGGUGAGACGGGUAAAACAAUCCAUGAGCUUGAAAAAGGAAAGAAGACUGUGGAAACUGAGAAGUCAGAAAUCCAGACUGCUCUGGAGGAGGCAGAGGCAACCCUGGAGCACGAAGAGUCCAAGAUUCUCCGUGUUCAGCUGGAGCUCACCCAAGUCAAGAGCGAAAUCGACAGAAAGCUGGCAGAAAAGGAUGAGGAGAUCGAACAGAUCAAGAGGAACAGCCAGCGGGUGAUUGAGACCAUGCAGAGCACUCUGGACGCCGAGGUCAGGAGCAGGAACGAUGCCCUGAGAAUCAAGAAGAAGAUGGAGGGAGACCUGAAUGAGAUGGAGAUCCAGUUGAGCCACGCAAACCGCCAGGCAGCUGAAGCUCAGAAACAGCUGAGAUACGUGCAGGGACAGCUUAAGGAUGCUCAACUCCAUCUUGAUGAAGCGCUGAGAGGCCAGGAUGACAUGAAGGAGCAGGUGGCGAUGGUGGAGCGCAGGAACACCCUGAUGGUGGCUGAGAUUGAGGAGCUGAGAGCUGCUCUCGAGCAAACAGAGAGAAGCCGCAAAAUGGCUGAACAGGAACUGGUUGAUGCCAGCGAGCGUGUUACACUGCUGCAUUCUCAGAAUACCAGCCUGAUCAACACCAAGAAGAAGCUGGAGGCUGAUCUGGUUCAGAUCCAAGGGGAGGUGGAAGAUGCUGUUCAGGAAGCGAGAAACGCUGAAGAUAAAGCCAAGAAGGCCAUCACUGACGCUGCCAUGAUGGCCGAAGAGCUGAAGAAGGAGCAGGACACCAGCGCUCAUUUGGAGAGGAUGAAGAAGAACCUGGAGGUGACGGUGAAGGACCUGCAGCACCGUCUGGAUGAAGCUGAAAAUCUGGCCAUGAAGGGAGGCAAGAAGCAGCUCCAGAAACUGGAGGCUCGGGUGCGUGAGCUGGAGGCUGAAGUCGAAACCGAGCAGCGACGAGGAGCAGAGGCCAUCAAAGGUGUUCGCAAGUAUGAGAGAAGAGUCAAGGAGCUCACCUAUCAGACUGAGGAAGACAAGAAGAACAUCGUCCGACUGCAGGAUCUGGUGGACAAACUGCAGCUGAAAGUGAAGGCUUAUAAGAGACAGGCUGAGGAGGCUGAAGAGCAGGCCAACACUCACAUGUCCAGGCUGAGGAAGGUGCAGCACGAGAUGGAGGAAGCUCAGGAGCGUGCCGACAUCGCCGAGUCUCAGGUCAACAAGCUGAGGGCCAAGAGUCGGGAAAUCGGAAAAGCAAAGGAGUCUGAAGAAUAAGCUAAAAACCUUUGUGGGAGGCCAAGUGAGAAUCAUAAAAUAUGAUUUUUCUUUGAAAUGCUCUCAAUAAAUGUAGAACUAUAUUCAAUAAAAUAUUCAACGAC